AUGUUCAACUACAUGGAUUCGCCGACGCAUCCUCGCACGCCUACGGUGCGCACGAGCUGCUGGACAGAUUCAGAAAUUGUGCUACACUGGCUUUCAGCUCCCCCUCGACGGUGGAACACCUACGUCUGCAACCGAACUUCUGAGAUAUUGAGCGACUUUCCCCGUAGCUGCUGGAACCAUGUUCGCACGGAAGACAAUCCUGCAGACUGUGCUUCCCGAGGACUUCAUCCGUCAAAGCUUCUGGAGCAUCGACUGUGGUGGAAAGGUCCGUCCUGGCUGGCCACACCCACCUCUGAGUGGCCACCUUCUACAAGCAAGUUCAGCGUAUCUUCAAGUUUCGAUGUCAACACCGAAGAACGAGUCAUAAAGCCCACGACUCUACAUAACUUUCCUGAUGAAAGUAUACACGAGUUACUCAUCCACAAAUUCUCAACCUGGACGCGUCUUAUAAGGGUAUCUAGCUACUGUCAUCGCUUUAUUCGCACUCUUCGAUCCCAUCAUAGGAAUUCGGCACCAUUCCUUACGUCUGAAGAGUUGCUGGACGCACAGCGCCGACUUAUUCGACAUGUGCAACAAAAAUCCUUUGCCAGAGAAUAUGCGCAGCUAGAGAAUCGACGCCAGCUUAACGCUAAAUCGCAUCUUAUCCGGUUUUCUCCGUUUCUGGAUGAUUAUGGAGUAAUGCGAGUCGGUGGGAGAAUCGAGCAAUCUACACUCAACUACAACGCCAAGCACCCGAUUCUGAUACCUAAAGAUACACCACUAGCUGGACUGCUUGUUCGACAUUUUCAUGUCUCCUAUCUGCACACAGGAGUUGAUGCAACGUUCACCAAUCUUCGUCAGCAGUACUGGAUUCUGGGAGCCCGCAAUCUCGUCAGAAAGGCAGUCUUCCAAUGCAAAUCCUGUUUUCUUCAACGAAAGGGCACAAGCAACCAGAUCAUGGGAGAGCUACCAAUUCCUCGAGUUCAAGCUAGCCGCUGCUUUCAACACACAGGGCUGGACUACGCUGGACCGAUCGCAAUCAAGGAAUCAAAGGGAAGAACUCCACGCAUCGGAAAGGCAUGGUUUUCUAUUUUCGUGUGCCUCACUACAAAGGCACUUCACAUCGAGGUUGUUAGUGAGCUAACUACACAGGCUUUCAUCGCAGCCUUUCAACGAUUCAUUGCCCGCCGAGCGAAGCCUACUGACCUGUAUUCGAACAAUGGAACUACAUUUCAUGGAGGCAAGCAAACUUUGGAUGACAUGAGACGUCUGGCCAUUCAACAAGCCAAAGAUGAGGAACUAGCAGGAUUCUUUGCCAAUGAAGGGAUUUCUUGGCACUUUAUACCCCCGUCUGCUCCCCAUUUUGGAGGGAUGUGGGAAGCUGGAAUUCGCUCAAUUAAACUCCAUAUGAAACGGAUACUUGGAUCAAAGGCUAUAACGUUUGAGGAGCUCCCUACUGUCCUGACCCAAAUUGAAGCUAUCCUGAAUUCACGCUCGCUGUGCCCAACUGGGGAUAAUUCUUUGGAUCCACUGACGCCUGCUCAUUUUCUGACUGGAUCUCCGUAUACUGCAUUGCCUGAACCCUGUCGUCUGGAUAUGCAAGUCAAUCGAUUGGAGAGGUGGAAUCAGCUGCAAGCCAUGGUUCAAGGCUUCUGGAAAAGGUGGCAUAUGGAAUACUUGACAUCUCUUCAUGAGCGGACAAAGUGGCAUCUGGAAACCGAGAAUCUGAAGAUCGACACACUGGUAGUACUCAAGGAGCCCAAUCUACCGCCCUCUAAAUAG